UGUGCAGAAUGUCAGCAGAUGAGCAGAAAUUCUCACCUCCAGUUUUGCCAAAUGACUCCGAUCGAGGCAGUUCUGUCUCAUCAGAUCUUCAGGAAGAGUAUGAAGAACUCCUUCGUUAUGCUGUAGUGACACCAAAUAUUGAAUCAAGUACUCCACAGUCAUCUCAUCCUAAGGGAGAAGUGGUGCCAGAUGUUAGAAUUCCUACUAUAAUUGAUGAUAUUCUUCAUGAUCAAGGAAAUAACCUUGUAGCAAGAGAAACUGGGAUGGAAAUUGGAAAAGGAUGUGAUUUAAGUGCAUCAAGUCAUUCAAAGACAGAUGGGUCAUCACCAGUGUCAUCACCAAGGAAGCUCAUUCACCCAGUCAUGGAUUUUUUCAGUUCACAUCUUUUAGAUGACUCUUCCUCACCAGCAUCCAAUUCUAGUCAUGUGACACACGUCCAAGAAGUAGUUGUGAAUGAUUUUCUUAUUUCUGAUGAAAACCUUCAGAAGAUAGAAAAUGUGUUUGAUCUUUGGAGUUCAAGUCUUAAGACAAAUGUCAUAUCUGAACUAAGUAAGUGGAAACUUAAUUUUAUUGACUGGCAUCGAAUGGAAAUGAGAAAGGAGAAAGAGAAACAUGCAGCACAUUUAAAACAAUUGUACAACCAGAUCAAUGACUUGAAGGAGCUGCAAAAAACUUAUGAAGUCUCCAUUGGGAGAAAAGAUGAGGUGAUAUCUAGCUUGUCUCAUGCCAUAGGCAAGCAAAAGGAAAGGAUAGAGUUGAUGAGAACAUUCUUCUACUGGCGAAUUGGCCAUGUCAAAUCCAGACAGGAUGUUUAUGAAGGUAAACUAGCUGACCAGUACUUCCGGAGAGCUCUAUUGAGAAAAGUCUGGAAAGCCUGGCAUUCCACGAUACAGAAGCAGUGGAAAGAUGUGGUGGAACGAGCUUGUCAAGCCAGAGCUGAAGAAGUUUGUGUCCAGAUUUCCAAUGAUUAUGAAAACAAAGUUGCUAUGUUAUCUGGAGCUUUAGAGAAUGCAAAAGCUGAGAUCCAAAGAAUGCAGCAUGAAAAAGAGCACUUUGAAGAUUCCAUGAAAAAAGCUUUCAUGAGGGGUGUGUGUGCAUUAAAUCUUGAAGCCAUGACUAUGUUUCAAAACAGAAAUGAUACAGGGCUGGACAUCACAAGUAAUAAAAAGGAAGACCAUGGUUCUGGUGUUCAAGUGAAAGAAUCUUCUGCUCAUUUGGAUUCUUCAGCUCCUCUCAUGCCCUCUAUGGUUCUGCCACCACCAUGGCCGCCAACACCAGCAGCAGCAGGGACGGUAGGGACGGCUAAUACUGCUGCCAUCCCAUCUGCUGCUUCCAUUACUUCUGCUGGGGCUGCUUCUACCUCUUCUGCACACGUUCCUGUUUCUAUUCCUGUUGUCGCAGGCUCUGCAGCUCCUGCUGCACCUGAAGAAAUGUACAUGCCAAGAGUUGUGACAUCUGCACAACAGAAAGCUGGAAGAACAAUUACAGCCCGAGUCACGGGGAGAUGUGAUUUUGCUUCAAAAAAUAGAAUUAGUAGCGGUUUAGCUAUCAUGGGAGUUUCUCCUCCCAUGAGCUCAGUUGUUGUGGAAAAGCAUCAUCCGGUCACAAUGCAAACCAUUCCUCAAGCUACUGCAGCAAAAUAUCCCCGGGCCAUUCCUCCUGAGAGUGGUACCUCGGCGUCCAGAUCUCUGGGAACCAGAUCAACUCACACCCAGUCUCUUACAAGUAUACAGUCCAUAAAAGUAGUUGACUAG